AUGGUUGAUUUCGAAAAUGCGGCAAUUAAUGCUUUUCAAUCAUCAUUUGGUACAACUACAAGUCUAGUUGGAAUGUCAGCUUGCUUUUUUCAUCUUCAAAAAAGUAUUUUGCGUAAACUACAAGAUCUGGGACUAAAAAAUAAUUACGAAAAUGAUUCAGAAUUUGCAUAUAAUGUUCAUAAAAUUUCUGUAUUAGCAUUUCUUCAACCAUCUGAUGUUGCACAAGCAUUCGACGAUCUUUAUCCAUCUUUACCUCCAAUGUUAGAACCUGUAAUGGAUUACUUUGAAGAUACGUACAUUGGAAGACGUCGACCAAAUGGACGUGCAACACCAAGAUUUUCGAUUGACUUAUGGAAUAUGCUUUACAGAACAACUAAUGAUUUAAUGCGUACUAAUAAUCAAGCAGAAGCUUGGCACAGAAGACUCAACUCUGUAAUACAAUUUAAAUUAGAUGCUGAUGAUAAAUCAUUUCGAAAUAAAAAAUAUUUGGAUUAUAGUCAACAUUUAAAGAACUUGUUACUAUCUCCACAUCCAACUCUUCUUACACAAUUAGAAGGACUAGCAAAAAAUUUGCAAUUGAAUUUAACUCUAUUGAAUCUAAUUUCUGUUAUGAUUGUUGUUAUUAUUAUACAUGCAUAG